AGAGUUGGGCCCAAAAGCAAUUCUACAAUUGCAGAGUCCAGACUCAAAAUGGUCUAAAUUUGUUUGCACCUGACUGCGGAGGGAGAAGUCUGAGAAGACAGAGAGAAGAGGGAGAGAGAUGGAGAGCAGUGACGCUGCCAUUGAAACCCAGAGACCCCAAAACCAUGAAGCCAUUGAAGAGAAGCCGAAGGUGGUGGUGAUAAUGGGACCUACAGGCUCAGGGAAGUCAAAGCUGGCCAUUGAUUUGGCAUCCCACUUCCCCGUGGAGGUCAUCAACGCUGAUUCUAUGCAGGUCUACAGUGGCUUGGAUGUUCUUUCCAACAAGGUCCCUCUGCACGAACAAAAAGGAGUGGCUCAUCAUCUGCUGGGAACUGUAAGCCCGAAUGUUGAGUUCACAGCAAAAGAGUUUCGGGACUCUGCCAUUCUUCUCAUCAAUGACAUAUUAUCUCGUAACUGCUUGCCGGUCAUAGUUGGUGGUACCAAUUACUAUAUCCAGGCUCUUGUUAGUCCAUUCCUUUUAGACGAAACAGUAGAAGAUAUUGAUGAAUGCUGUUUAGGUGAUUAUCCAGGAGAUGGACAACCACAGGCUGAGCUGGUUAUUGAAGUAGACAAUUCCGGUUAUGGCUAUGACUAUCUUAAAGCCAUUGAUCCAGUUGCAGCAAACAGAGUCCAUCCAAAUAACCAUAGAAAAAUUAGUCAGUACCUUAGUCUGUAUGCUCACCAUGGUGUUCUUCCUAGCCAACUUCUUCAGGGAAAUGCUGCCAAAAACUGGGGGCGAGUUGAUAAUUUCCGAUACAAUUGCUGUUUUAUAUGUGUGAAUGCUUCCCUCCCUGUGCUGGACCAAUAUGUGGACCAAAGAGUAGAUUGCAUGAUAGACGCUGGGUUGCUUAAUGAAGUCUAUGAAAUUUUCAACCCAAAUGCAGAUUAUACUCGUGGUUUGCGGCAGGCCAUUGGGGUUCGGGAGUUUGAAAACUUUUUGAGAGCUUACAUUGUUGAAGCCAGUGAUGAAGGAAAUCAUUUGAUAGAUGAGUCCAUGUCCUUGAAAUUAGUAGACCUGGCUGAUAAGAAAUUGAUGGAGAACAUGAGGGAAAUCUUGAAGUCUUUCAGUGACAGCCAACCCAAAAUUGUGUUAAAAGAAGCUAUUGAUAAAAUGAAAAUGAACACCCGAAGACUAGUUCGUCGUCAGAAACGAAGGAUAAAUCGCCUGGAGACACUGUUUGGAUGGAACAUACAUUUCCUGGAUGCAACAGAAUCCAUAUCCUGCAAAGCGGAUAAUACAUGGGCUACAGAAGUGGUUGGACCUGCUGUGGAAAUGAUUAGAUCUUUCCUCAAUCAGGAUUCAAGUUUGGUUCCUGAUUCGGAUACCCGAUAUACCAUUGGAGUGAAUACGAUGCAGCGGGACUUGUGGACUCAGUAUACAUGCAAGGCCUGUGGUGACAAGAUCCUGAGGGGAGCACACGAGUGGGAACAACACAGGCAGGGUCGUGUCCAUCGCAAACGAGUUUCUCAGCUUAAAAAGUCUCAAGGGUUUCUCUCACCGGAGCAGCAUCAGCUGCCUCAACAUGUAGAUUGUAGUUAAAGAGUUGUUCACCUAUUUUUCGACAUAAAGAAGAGGAAAAGAAAAUGAAGGCCUAUAUUAUGGUUUCUCAUUUGUGUCACUAUGCCAGCGCAAACACUGAACUAUCUCGAUGCAAUUGAGUUCAGAAGAAUCGAACGCUCAAGCAAGAAAGGUGGAGUCCAGAUGGUGAAAUUACAACUCAACCUUGCUAGGGAUUCAAGGGAAAUUAGAUGGAUUAGGAGUUUAUGAGGUUGAAAUAAGUUGGUCUCUAAGAGGACUCUUGCAGUUAUGCAUGCGAGUUACUGAGGAGAGUAGAGAGAGAUGCAGAGAUAAAAGUUAGUGAUGUGAGUUACUGUGGGAGAGUAGUGAGAGAUGUAGAUAGAAAAGAGGGGAGAGGAAGUGGGUAAAUCAAAAUUUUUUAUCACCCUUAAUUAUUAAAAGUUUUGAUCGCA